GGAGACCGACGCCUUCUCAACCGCCCUCUGUACUCGCCGUGCGAUUGGGACAUGCUCAUGUGCGGCACGCGAGAUUCCCCCGAACAGGCCCAUUGCUCCCAGCUCCCGUCAAUCACGCGCCGCUGACGCCUCCGCUCCGCCCCCUACCUCACCUCUUCCAAUCGAGAUCGGGAGUGGCCAUGCCGAUGCGGCGGCGGCAAUGGCCUGCUCCCUCAACAUCCAUCCGCGUUGCCUCGACGAUGGAGGCCGUGGCUGCCCGCCCCUGCCCCUCCCCUCUCCAUCUACGUCGCCUCUGGAGGAGGAGGGCAACGGGAUGGCGCCACCGGUGAAAGAGGUGGUGUUGGCUUCGUUGCCUCUGGAGGAGGAGGGCAAGGGGAUGGCACCGCUGGUGAAUGAGGCGGUGUUGACUGCGUCACGUCUAGAGGUGGAAGGCAAGGGGAAUUACAUCGAGCUCGAGAAGGAAAAGGUGGAGGAGGGCACAUCGGACCUUGAGGAUGAGAUCUGGCAUGACAAGGAGCCGAGCAAGAUCUGGCCUGACGAGGAGCCGAUCAAGCUUCUCAAGAACAAGAAGGGGUCGCUCGGCCUAGGUGCUAAUAUGACAUACGGUGGAGAGAUCAGGGUGGUGUUUGAGACGCCUUCUAACUUUGCAAUUUUCAGAUUUGAUGGAGUCAAGCUCUAUCGGCAUCGGCCAGAUACCAUCCGGGCAAUUCAGUCUCAUCUCUACCGAGGCAAUCAGAAUCUGACUAACAGGACGGGCGCGUGGAUUGACGACCCGCCCACUUCGGCAACGACACGGCACAAGGCCUCCCAUCGAGCGCCAUCCUCAUCAUGUCGAGCUAUUGGGAGAAGACCACUCCGGCAGACAUCGUCUUCCCCAAGUUCAUGUACCACGACCGCUCUCCAGCUUUUUCAGGCAUUUUCAAGAACCACCAAGUUGGCAAUUAGUACACCAUCCAGGUGAAUUCGUCAGUGGUUUAUACUUAUGAAUGAUUGACAUUUCCUGCAAUUGGCCUCCUAAUAUUGCUACUUUUGUGCAGUAUUACUAUCAAUCAAAGACGGUAUUAAUUUGUCUUACUAUAAAUGUGUUUAGAACUAAACUGAUUGAUAAUUGUGCCAUUUGUAUAAACCAUUAGACAAGUAAUUUUGAUCCAUGUCACAGCUAUACCUAUUUAUAAGAGAAUUCUUUUGUUUAUGGAUUUUUAAGUAGAACAUGCUAUUUGGGAUUCCGAUUACCAUGAAAGAACUAUUGGUCAUGCAUGGAAAGGGUGUGCGCAGCCAUAGCGAAAAACAUAAGCAUCGUAGGUUUGGUGAUUUCACAGUGAUCUUGUAAAGUUUAAAUACUUUAGGUGCUGGAUGUGCACCUUUUAUUAGAAUUCAGAAAUUGAUGUGUGCAAAAAAUAUCCUUUUAUUAUAAUGAUGCAUCACAAAAGCCCUGAAUGUUAGAGUUAAGGGAUUGGUUUGAUCAUCUGGUCCUUAUAAAACUGAAUAUCCUUUCGUGGUUAGCUCUGCUCUUUGGUUGAUCCCACCUGUGUUGGUCUGACAAUCGAUCUUGUAUUACCUGCUUAGUGCUUACCAAGUAAAACAAUUACCAAUUUUGAUGUGUGCAAAUAGUGCAGGAAAACAAAUGUUCUGAAAAUGCAGCUGCUACUUGUAGUCCGGAUAUUAUUCUAAAAAAUGAAAUGCUACUUUAGGUUUGAAAUUCUUCUAAAAAAUGAAGCUACUAUGUAUUUUUGGUUCUCAAAUUGUUCUGAAAUGUAGCUACAAAUUUUUUGGUAGUCUACACUGCACUUGUUCCAUCACAGUAUGUUUCUUCCCCUGGAAUUGCUUUGGGUGUAAAACUUCAGGUAUUUGCAUUGCUAUCUUAUGUUUCAGUAGUUCUGCUUUAGUGACUGAUGUGAUAACUUUUAGAUGUGACAAUAAUGAAUUUCAAACUUCAGGUAUUUUGAUGCAUGCAGAGUAGCAUGACAAUCCCCCCGAUCUGCAUGCAUGGCCAUUGUUGCUUAUUAGCUUUUAAUUUUAACCUAUACCAGUGUGCGUGUGAAUAACCUUCAGAUUUUCCAUGUUGCCUAAUUUUGUCCUCUAAUCUAGACAUUGAAGCACUUUUUUUUUGACUCGGACAUUGAAGCACAUUUAUUGUAUGGAAAUAGAUGAGUAAGACAAAGCAUGCAGCAGCAUCCUCUUGUAGCAGUUGUGUCCAUAAUUUUCCAUAUACGUACACAUAAAAGGACCAUUAAUUUUCCGUUUCUUGCAAGCUAUGGAUCAUAUAGAUCUUCUUGAUCUUCUAUUUAAUCUGCUAUAUGGGUUGAUCUGCUAUUCUUGAUCUUCCAAAAAUAUGUUUUUUUACCAAAAUAACUGUUGCUUUUUUGUUUCAGAUGACCUUUGCUUCUGAUGAAGUACUUCCUCCCGAACUGUCAAAUAAUUUUACUUUUGGUGAAACAACAUACACUCUCUAUACGAACAGCUUUUUAAACUUUGGUCAAGUGAGUUAUUUGCAUCGACUGAUUCUUUUGUUUUGUAUAAUCUUGUGAAUCAUACUAUAGAUUAACUUGCUGAUCAAAUGAUUUACCUCCGCAGAAUGCAGAUCAAGACUCGUUACAUGAAGUACUGAGGUCAAAAGGUAUUUAUCUGGAUUUAACUUUUUUGUAUUCUAUUCGUGCAAGAACAUAACCAGUCUGGCCACCCUUGCAAACGUGGGUUUUAAAGCAUUGGUGGCGUCCUGUGGUGUCGGGGACAUGCCUUAUGCCUAGGCGAUGCCUCAAAAAACCAUGCUUGCAAUGAUAGAAUUCAGUACCUGAUGUACAAGGGAAAACUAAGUUCUGAAAAUAGAUACACUGAGAGGAGAAAUCAUUCACGACAAUAGACGCUACUUAAUUAACAGAAUGCCAACAAGUAAUACCUACUGCAACUAUUCUUGUAUGCUAUGCAUGUACAAGUAUGCUUGCACCAUUGUUCAAAAAAGCAGGAGUCAUUUUUGCAGUUUAGUGAGAGUGAGCACUUGAUCAUAUGUUUCUGAAGCAGUUAUGUUCCACUAGCUUACUAUAUGCCUAAGCAGAGUGCAAGAUGUGUAGGAAACAAAAAAGGAUCAAUAGAUUCAGUUUUCUGUAAUUGCACUAUACAGUCUAAAGGGCUACUAAGCAUUAAACACCAAGCGAAUUAUCUCUUCAAGUUCAUCACUCGUGCAAGUGCAGGAUCUUCCAAAAAUAGUACACUUGUUGAUCCUUGUGCUCCUAGAGGAUAUUCACAUAAUGGACAAGUAAUGGUGAGGACAAGUGGUGCUUCAAGAUCAACACUAGAGAACCAAUAUGUUGAUAGUGGAAACGGAAACUUUACAGAAUGCAGAUCCACUUCCCUGCUUUUACUGCAAAAAGGAAAGGUAAGACAUAUUCGAAACUGCAAACUCUCUGUUCAGUAGUUCACGUAGAAUGACUUAAAAAUCGCUUGAAGCUAAAUGUUCUUAACUUACUCAGUAAGCUAAUAUCUUUUGCAAAUCUUAUGCACUCCAAAUAUUAUGCUGAACUGUUUCUUAGCUCAAUUGUGAUGUCUUAUAGAUUAGUGCCACAUGUAUCUCGUGAAUGCAGAGAAGUGCCAGUAUCAAGUAUCAACUGUGGCAGAACCGCCUAAAUUAAUCUGGCUCAAGUGUGUUAACCAUCACCAUUACGGAUGCAAUGGUUAACACGCACUUCAAACGGAGUAAUCUGACUGUCUGUCGGGUAAAAUCCCGAUGCAACCACUGUAUUUUCGAUCGAAACAACAUACCUCACACGAAGGUGAGCCCAAAGAUUACAACAUCCAUAAAUUUUACAACACAAACUUCAACAGUAAAUGCUAUUACAGACUAAGUUUGAGAAUUUAAAUCGGGUACCUCAGAAAUUUUAAAGUAGAUAAGCCCUUCAGAGUUUAUAAACAGCGGAAAAGAAAAUGACAACUAGCGACGAUAUAUGACAUCAUGAUGAAGCUCGUACAUGACGUCAAUCUCACCAAGCAUCCCAAAAAUUACCUGAAAAACAAAGUCACAAGCAAGACUGAGUAUACUAAUACUCAGUAAGAUUGACCCGAUUAAGGGUAUAUAAUAUCCUUUUAACUAGACAUGCUAGGCUUGUGAAGGCUCUGGGGUUUCUUUGCUGAAAAGCAACAAAAAGUAAGUCUUUAAUUUCAAGUUUUAGCUUUCAGGUUCUAGUUUUAUUUAUCAUUUUAGGUAAGCACCUAUCUAUACAAAUAUGUUAGAGAAAAUAAUUGCAUCCAACAAGAUUAUCAUAAUUGUUCCACUUCUUACUCUAUGUGGCAAAGGGAUCAAGCAGUCUCAAUUUCCGCGAGAAACGGACGAUUCUGAAUCGAAUUUCCAACCUUGCAAGGGUAAACCUAACACACACACUUGGAGUACUGUCAAGUCACUCACAAGCAACUGUUGGCUUCUCAUUCCGAUUCAUAGAUCAGGGCCACUCUCCCCGACUACAUGGAACCACCACAUCCCUACACUCGUGGUGUUGCGCAACAAAAAUAAACUCCUAUCUCUAUGAGAGAGUGGAAGGUAUGUCAACUUGCCGAGCCGAUCAGUUACUAGGCUUACCGCGUACCAUAUUUACGGCAUGUGUCUAGUACUUUCAAAUAUUUAACCACCGCUACCACACACUGCGGCCUUAAUAAUUUAUCAACACAGACGGAUUUCAAUCAUGAAGCUUGUAACCAAAUCCGUCCAUGGUCCUUAUAGUGAUUGUAAGAAAGUAAACAGUCAACUCCUAUAAAGCUCGCGAGUGACAGGCAAUCACUCGACUUUUACCGGUCCUAUUAGCAUAGCAUCAAUUCGGACUCAGUUCUAGUGUUCAAUCAAUAGGUACCUAGAAUUAUGCAUCUAAGGUUUUCAUUUAGCUCCAAUAACUUAAUUGCACAAGUAAAUAGUAAUAAUAAAUUGUAUAAUUUAAAAUAAUGGGAUUAUGCACCGGGGCUUGCCUGCAGUGACUUUGCUAAAGCUAUUAGCCUUAAUUUCUUCCGAAUCUGGGUUCGGGGCUUCAGUUAAUUCAACAACGUUGGCCUGGGCUUCAUAAAUAUUCCCUUCUGAUUCCUGGAUGAGUUUGUACGUUCCGCCUGCUAGCGAGGUUGCUUCUAUAUGAAAUGCAAUGCAAUGCAGUAGUUGGAAUUAGUGAAGUGUUUGAGUAUAGCUUUUCUUCACUAAAAAGUUAUAAUCCAAUAAAGUAAACAUUUAAGACUAAGCUUAAUAGUGUUAUUUUACUGGACAAUCGUUUAUAGAGUAAAAAUGAACAUGAUGAACCCCAUAAAAUAACAUGGUGAAAGGGUUUUUAUUUCAAUAAAACAAUCCACAGGAAAGAUUUAAUUAAAUCUUUAAAGACACAAACAAAACACAAGAAAAGAAUUUUUAAAAGUAUAAGCUAGAGUGUGGUAAUGGGUCUACAAAAAUUAUGAAGAGCUAACCAUAUUUUACACUACACAUGGUCAAAAACUCACUCAUAGUGUAGGUUUAGAACAAAAGAUACAAUUAAAAAGGACUAAACUUAAUCCUAUUUUGAGAGCUAGAUACACAAGGAUUCAACUCAAACUCACCACAUCAAACUGUAGAGCUAAUCAAAAGGAACACAACAAUUUCUGAUUUUUCUACAAUUUCCUAGGAAUUUUUAAAGUUCACCACAAAGAAAUAGAAAGGAAUUGAUCUUUUCGCAGAAAGGACCCUUGAAGGAACUCAAUCGUUGCAAUUGGGUCCACGUUCCGGUGAGGGAGUGGAGGGGCAGCUGGGCUGGGAAGGUUCCAGGGGAGGUGGAGAAGGCCGUGUGGUGCUGAAAUUGGGGAAAGUGAGGGCGGGGUGGCAACUCCAUGUGCGGCCGGUGAGCGGCGGCGCAAAUGGAGGAGGGCAGCGGUGGGGAAUGCCGGGAUAGGGCCCGGCUGGGGCUAUUUAUAGCCUGGAGAUAGAGGGGAUAAGCAAGAGAGGGAGGGGAUGAGCUCGCCGGAGGCUGUGGGCAGGAUAUGGCGGCGGGGGUACUGUCCAGCGGCGGUCGGCGGUCGUGGCGUGAAGGGAUGUUGGCGGGGCGGCGUGGUGCGAGCGCAGGGUGCCAGCGAGGGGGAAAAGAAGCGGCGGUAGGAGGUGCUAGCGACGCGUGGAGAGGCUUUGAGGCAGCUGGCGGCCUGCUGGCCGGCGGCGAGAACCGGCGGCGGGGCAAACCGGCGGCGAGGGCGGCGCCCUGUUUCAGCAAAGGAAGGAAGAAGAAGAUAGAGGCAGGGGUGGUUUUGUGAUUUUCCAAAAUCUCAGGGACCUAACUGAAAAGUAAAAUUUCUCAUUGAUCUAGGGCUCAGAUGAAAAAGUGUUCAACAUGAAAGUUGUGUAACUUUGCAAGAUCUACAACUUUCCUGUUGGACAAAAACUCACUAGGUCAAAGGAUUUAAAAUUAUUUUUAAAUCCACCAUUUCUUUUAAAUGCAAAAGAACUCAACUUAAGUUUUAAAAUUUCAUAAGUAGCCCUAAGCAUAAAAUAUAUCUUUUUAUGAUGGUCAAAGUGAAAAAUAAAAUAUGCACUUUAACCCCUCACAAAAUUUGAAUUUUUGACUUAUGCAAAACUAUUAUGUAAAGGACUCUGCACUUUUUCAAAAUUACAAAAAUACCCUUGCUAUGGCAAUCAGGGUUUAAAUUUUUUUAAAAAAAAACACAAAAGCUAUAUUUUAACUGGGUGGUUCUGACCCAUAAAACUUGGAUUGUCACAUCAACAAUGCCAACUGGGGUCUACUUUCGUACCUGAGCUGCGUGGAUACUUCCUGGCAACUGAAAUUUUCUAUUUUACUUCAAAGGUGCAUUACAUGUCUAUUUUUCUCUUUUUCCUGGCAACUGAAAAUUUCUAUUUUACUUCAAAGGUUCAUUACAUGUCUAUUUUUCUCUCUUUUUUUGCCUAGGAUAACUGCAAGACUCUUCCUGAUCCCUGCAUCGAUUGUGAAUUCAUGAUCAUCUUGAUUGAUCUGAUCCCAGAAGAGAAGGGUCUACCAUCGUAUUUUGUUUAAUAAGCUUAGCGUGUGGGAUCAUCUGUUGACAAGAUAUGAAUCUAUGAUGUUCAGACAGACUAACAUUCUAUUCUCAUGGUGUUCUUAUUGGCACUUAAGGCAAUUGGUACUGCCUAGAGUAUCUUUCACCAAUCCUGAGCUACCAAUUCAGUGUUUGCAUAUGGUCAUGUAAGAGUUAUGAGGAAACGUCGAAUCCGAGAUAAUGUGGAAAUGAAUCUGGCCAAUAUAUAUGUUUAUACCUAGGAUAUAUUUAUUCUUCCAUUACUGUUUUUUUCUUUUCUUCAUACAGUCCAAAUCAAGUGCGAUGUAAGAUGAACGAAUUAUUUACUGCACCUUUUUUU